AUGUCUGCUGAGCCAGAAGUCAAGGAGAAACUGGAAUCAAUGCAGGUCAAUGGUGAUCAUAAGGAAGAGGAAAAUGAGGACUUAGUUACACCCUGGGAUGUGGCGGCAAGCAGCAUAACUGGUGUGGACUACGACAAAUUAAUUGUUAAAUUCGGCUGCCGCAAGCUUGGUGAGGAUCUUGUGGAGCGGUUUAAGAAGGUCACUGGACAUGAACCUCAUCCAAUGCUACGUCGUGGGAUGUUCUUUGCGCAUAGAGAUUUUGCUGCUAUUCUGGAUCGUAAGGAACAAGGAAAGCCGUUUUUCCUGUACACCGGUCGUGGUCCUUCAUCUGGAAGUCUGCACCUUGGGCAUCUCAUUCCAUUCAUGUUUUCAAAGUGGCUGCAGGAUGUGUUUGAUGUUCCUCUCAUCAUCCAGAUUACGGAUGAUGAAAAAUUCCUGUGGAAGGACAUGAAGGUUGAUGAGUCCAAGAAGAUGGCAAGAGAGAAUAUGAAGGAUAUAAUUGCUGUUGGUUUUGAUCCAGAAAAGACGUUUAUGUUCAACGAUUUCGAUUAUAUUCCACCUUUUUACGAGAACAUUUGCAAAAUCUGGAAAGUAGUGACAGGAAAUCAGCAAGAGCCAUUUUUGGAUUCACACCUGAAGACAGUAUGGGAA